AGGUAGAUGUCAGUUGCGACUGGCGCGUUGUCUCGUGAUCUCUUGAGUAGUAUUGUUUUAGACACCGAAAUUGCAUGUAAAAAAAAAUAUAAAUAAGUAACUAGAAGUUUCAAAGUAAAAGUGUUUAAAAAUUCCUUAAUGAUUGUUUGCUAAUUUUAAAAUUUCAAGGAUAAAGCUUGGUAUUCGAUGAUUAAAACUUUACAAUAACUUUAGUAGUACCUACUCUUUAAUGCUGAAUUAAAAGUAUGCCCGAACAAACAGCAAUCAUGGGUAAACAAUUGAAAUGGGGGAUAGCCGGUGUUGGUAUGAUCGCGCAUGAUUUCUUGACGGCAAUGGCUUCCCUGCCGGCGGAGCAGCACAAGGUCAUCGCCAUCGCCGGCAAAGACCUAGAUCGUGUUCACAGAUUAGCCACGCUCCACAACGUAAGCACAGCCUACGAAGGCUAUGAUUCGAUAGCAAACGACGCAGACGUAGACAUAGUUUUCGUCAGCGUACUUAAUUUACAGCAUUUCGAAAUAACUAAAUUAAUGUUAGAAAAUGGUAAACACGUGUUAUGCGAAAAGCCUAUGGGCAUGACAUACAAACAGACAAAAUCUCUUGUGGAUUUGGCACGCGAAAAGAAACUAUUUCUCUUAGAGGGGAUGUGGUCGAGGUUCUUUCCAGCUUACGAUGCUUUAGAUAAGCAUAUUGCGAGUGGCGGGCUUGGCGACAUUUAUCAAAUAAACAUACAAUUCGGGGUGGAAAUUAACGACAUUGAAAGGAACUUAAUGAAAGAUUUGGGCGGCGGUGCAGUAUUAGACUUAGGCAUUUAUAUGUUGCAACUCCUCCAAUUUGUAUACAAGGAGCCGCCUACUGACAUCAUGUGCACGGGGCACUUGAGUAAGACGGGCGUUGACGAAUCUGUGUCGUGUGCUUUGAAAUACAAGGACGGUCGGACGGCCACUAUAGCGGCACACACGCGCUCGGCUAUGCCUAAUAAGGCUGAAAUAACUGGGACCAAAGGUUCAAUUUCGUUGGACUAUUUUUGGUGUCCCACCGUGUUGCACAUAUCUGCGGCUAACAGCACGGAGUGGACCCUACCGAAGGGCAAAUACAAGUUCCAUUUCCACAACAGCGCAGGACUGAGCUAUGAGAUACAGGAAUGCUGGGACUGUAUAAAUCAGGGAUUAUUGGAAAGUCCGAAAAUGAGUUUAGACGAAAGCGUUAUCCUGUCGAAGCUUAGUGAUACAAUGAGAGCGCAACUGGGUGUACUAGAUAAUGCAUUUUAACCACAAGACAUAAAGUUCAAAAUACAUAAAGCCAGUAUAGGAUAGGCUAGACUAAACGGUUACAAUACACGAACAAAAUGUAGGCAUAAUAUUUUCAGAUCCAGCAAAUUUUUUUGUCGUAAAAGUGUAGAUAUUUACCUCAACCAACUGUGAUGAAAGUGUGUUGUGACACGUACUUAUUGUAAAUUAUAUAUUCUAAAUAUAUGAAAAUAUACACGCUAAUUUAUUGUACUUA